AUGGCCGCUCAGACCAGACAGGAGUUAAACAAUUCCAAGCGUCAACUCUGCAAGGGAAGCGCUCUCGCACUGCACGGGAAGGCCAGCUCGGUCUCCGAAGCAACUGCGCCAUGGCGGCCGCGAGUCGCGUUCUGGCUGGCACCCGCCGAACCCGGCAUUGCCGUGCCGGCCAUCAAAGGGCCAUCCGGGCCGAGUGUGAAAACAUUGAAAAAAAAGAAGCAAGCCGCAGCCGGGUAUCCCGAAGCGGGCUGGAUACUGUUGGCCGGCCUAGCGGCAGUUCAGGUGGCUGCCGAGCAUGCGGUCCGUGUUGUCCGGUGCUUGUCAGCGCUCGUUGAAGCUUGGAAGGCGAGGUGGUGCAACGUAGCGUUCGAACUAGGAUGGGCCCUUGUUGACUGA